CAUACUUGGUACCCAGGUGCCUAGUUCCCUAGGUACCUCGGGCGUGUACCAACUGCACACAGUACAGUGCAGGGCGGCCAGCACUGACGAGAGAUGGAUUGCUGCUCGUUGCCGCCUUUCCAUCCCAAGCUCAUUUGCCGCACGGCGCAUCCCAUAUUCCUACCACGGCACCUCCCUCCAGAAACGAAGCCGUGUCUGUCUGUCUGUGUCUUGUGCGUGCAUGUCUUGCUCGUGUCUGUGCCGCUGAGCUGGGCUUGCCUGGCUUGAACCAUCUUCUCAUCAAGCCCCCAUUCCUCUCGGUCCUCGGUCCUCGGUCCUUGGGUGCCUCGCUCAACUCUCUCUUCGCGCCCUGCUCACUCCUUGGCCGCUUCACCAACCCCCGCCCUCAACAGACCAGACAGGCGGUGCUGAGAGGUUACACACAACUCGAGUGUGCCUCUUCUUUCUCCUCGCCAUUCUCAGCUGGCCACCACCUCGACCCGGCAUCCGCAUCCUCUCCUAUCCCGUACUCAGCAGUUCGUGAGGACAGGCUGCCGCGAAUCAUGGACUAAACGGGAUACUACCUGCCCCAGCGUCUUUGCGACUUAUACCCUCAACCUGGUCGGCCUCUGUUCUUCUCAACCAUGUCACAGGCCAUGAACGAGCCUUCUGUCGACGCCCAGCGCCCGAGGCGCUCCUCGAUCGAGAAGCACCCCAUAUUGUCUGACCGGGGCAUCAGUGAUUUCGACGAUGACAUCGAGCCGAGCGCUCUCGACAGGUUGCCCGAGGAGAUCAUCCAGCAAAUCCUGGAAGCCGCCGACCCCAGCUCUUUCGCCUCUUUGAUUCUCGUCAAUUCAAAAUGGCGCAACGCCUCGCAGCAAGGUCGACUCUAUGCUCUCCAGUUGAUGAGGUGCCCGUCAUAUUCCGCGAGUCAUAAGAAGCCUCCCAACGGCGCACAGGAUAAUCUGCCCGCCUUGAGGACUUUGUUCGCCAGGGAGGUCAAGCGGAACCUCUUCGACGCCUAUCUGCGCCCGAACCACACUAUCGUCAAGAUCGUGUCCAACUCCAUCAGCAGUUCCUCGUGCCCUGGCGGCGAUGGCAUGUCCUUCAGCCCCUCGCCCAAGGGUCACUUUCUGCUUGCUUACAACUCCUCGCGCAUCAACAUCAUUGACCUCCGAGGUCCCACCCUGAGAGUGGAGAGGGAGCUCAAGAUACUCCGCAGACCCGCUGCCACAUGUGUCAAGGAUGACGGCUCUCUCCUGGCAGUCCUCCUGACUGAGAUGCAGGUCGACCUAUACGAUCUGACCCAGCGCCCUCCGAAGCGCUCCCAGUCCAUUAUACUCGAUCACAGUCCUCGCACCAUUGCACUUUCGCCAUGCGGUACCGUUCUGGCUGCCGCCUACGAAGGCGGCAUCGAAGUACAGUCCCUCGGCUCCGGCGCCUUGCCUACUGACAGGAGGUCUGUCAAGUGUGACGCCGUGGACGCCCUCGCCUUCUCUUUUGAUGGCACCCAGAUCCUGGGUACCACCGUCCAGUCUGCCCAGCCAAACACUGUCAUUCUGACCGCGCCCUACUAUGACCCGGGCAGUCACCUGUCUGGUGACAAUAUCAGUGCUCUGUGGACCACCUCGAUUCUCUUCCCAAAUACCAGCCGUGACUGCAGUCAUGCCGUUCUUAUACAGGAAUCUACCCACGACGAGGCGGCAUAUGCCUUUACCUAUGACCGCAGUUUCGAGACUUUCCGCGCUGUGCGCAUCGAUGACUUACGAAAUGGCACCACGUAUUUCACUGGACCUAUUCCCAACACCCCACAACAGGCCAAGCUCAUCCCAUGCACUCUGCCAGCAGCGUCUCUUUGCGGUGACCUCGUGUCUGCGGGAUUCCAGGGGAAGGAGGUGUGGCUAUAUGGUGUGCCGGAAGAUCUUGAGGCCGUCCCAGAUACUACCAGUAACAACUUGGACGUUGCUGCUAACCCGGGGGUGCACCGCCGGGUCAGCGGGGGCUCCAUGCGCUCCAGGACACAAGAAGCCGGGGAGGCAAGGGUGCCGCAAUGGCAGUUGUUGUGCGACAAGCUCCGGAAUACAUUCGUAGAAGGCUUCAAGGUGACCGAGCUGAGUGGUGUGAGCACUGUGAAGUGGGUGGCCGGCUUCGGGGACUCUUCAAUGAAGGAGCGUCUGGUCAUUGCUGCGAAGGGCGCAGUUCCGGCAAAACCUAUCACCGACGAAGAUGGCAUAGACUUUGAGGAUGGUGGCAGGCUAACGCUCGUCGACUUCGAUUACGGGCUUGAAGACGGCCGUGUCGCUGAGAUCACCAUCGAGGUGGGCUUAGAAGAACCCGAGGUUCUCGAGGAGGAGCACCGCGAUAUGGCUACCGAGGUGGCCAUUGUCAGAAGAAGGACUGUGGCGCAGAGGCGAGGGCCUCGAAGCGCCAUCAUGAGAGCGGCAACAACGGCGGCGCGACCCACACCCGCCUCGGCUGCGGAGGAAGAGGAGGAGGAUGACGACCCACUUGUGCCCCGUCGGAUUGGUGAGGCACCACCUCGCUCGGCACAGCCUCCCGCAGCUACCGAAGAAACGGAAACGGCGACGAUCAUGGAGGAACAGGAAGCCUUGGAUCUACCUUACUCUCAUACUGGCCCUCGCUCCAUCACCACCCUGCGUCGUGCCGCCACGGCGGCUGCCAACCACAGGCGACACAACCCUACUACGACGACAGGGACGCCGGUUGAGUAUCGACGGGCCGAUGGACGAGCUGAGCAUCCCCAUGAAAGUGACGCCGACAACUGGGUGCCUCCACCCCCGCCUUAUCAAAAGGAGGACCCUGAGGAAGCACCCGCCUUCUUGCGUCACUCAAUGGCACCCGUGAUAGCUGUGCCAGUACCCGGGUCUUCAGACCGAAAUCUACCCCCUGUUCCACCUAUCCCAAUGGCGCAUCGAACGCCAGAGUCAGACGGAAUUGCACCGGGCAAUGCGCAGUCUCUACCUACCAGACGGCAUACGCUGGCUCCAAAUCGGAUGGAGGGUACGCAUCAACGCACCUCUCAAACCACUGUCCAGCAGCAGCAGCAGCGAUUUUCGACCACAAAUGUUGCCGCCGCCACACCCUCCAGGCAAGGACCACAUAUCGAGUCUCCCACAAGCGCAUACGAAGAGGAAGACAUCUACAAUGUGUCGCCCCCUGAUACCCCUCAGCCACAGGCCACACGGUCCUCGAGCACACAGCAGACAGCCAGCCCGGCGACUCCUCAAAGCGGUGUGCGGUCGGGCGCGGAACCAUCGCCGGCACUCACAAAUGCAUCUACUUACACUGGAACUCAACGUGUAAUGCCACUGGUUCCACGGAUGCAGGCAUCGCCCGCCUUCCCAGGUCAGUCUCCACAGGAGGCGCCGCGCGCUGAAAGAACCAUGAUAGCAGUUUCGCCGCCUAACUGCUCUUGGAAUCCUCACACAUUCGGCGGUUCAUAUCCGACUGCUGUGCACUCACAGACAUGGCCGAUUCCGCCGCCUCAGACAGCAAUACCUGUGAUGACUUCGGCGGGUUAUUCCGUACAGGUAUCUCAUGCAAAAGUCACGGCCAACGACAGGAUCGCUCAGCAUUAUCCAGCGAUUCCUGCGCAGGAGCAGGUACCCGUUAUGCCUGAUAAUAGCAGCCGGUCAGGCCUGGCAAGGAGACUCUCGACAGGUUUUCAUCUGCCCCGAGUGCCUACGAAUCGAAAUAGUGAGAGGGCCAGGCCGAUGUCUGUACACCAACCACGCGGUAGGAGCACGCAGGCUGUUCCAGAUCUUCAGCAUCAGCCACUGCCUCAACAUCCAUACUCGCGUUCCCUCUCGGACCCAUCAAGUAUGGUCCAUGCGAUCGACCACGCGCUGGUGUCUCCGGACCAGCCCUUGAUCAUCAGCACUCCAACAGGUGUGUCGGGCGCGUACGAUGGUCCCACUCACCAGUCAUCUGAACGGCGCGCGGAACCUCUCAUUUUUGCACCGAUUCCCCGCCAUCCGCGGCCCUCUCGGAAUCCAGGAGCGCCGCGCCCCACGGCCGAGCAGCUCGAGGUACAGCUCAACCCAUCCUUCCUGGCCACAUCCGGUGCGCCGGGGCCGGGUGUGAGCUCGAGGGUGUCAUCCGUGCACCGACGUACGUCUCGCGCGGAACGGAGCGCCGCCAAGAACAUUUCGGAUGCAAAGAAGAAGGGAUGGCGACCCGGCAGGAGCAAGAGCAAGAAAGACAAGGCGAAAAAGGGUAAGAAGAAGGAGCCUGACUAUGACGUGAUGAGCCAGAGCGCAUGGACCGAUGCCACGUGGUCCACGGCCGGGAGGGGCCGGAACAGGAGGACAUAUAACUUUAAUGGUGGUGCCGCUGAAGCAGAAAAGGACAAAAAAUGUGUGGUCAUGUGAGAGACGUUUCUCACCUUGGAGGUCAAGUCGGGCGACGAUGAGAACAAUGUCAGCGAUGAUCUGGCGGUCGGGAAGAGCAUAAUAGAUGGGUUUUGGGAGUUGUGGGCUUGGGACGGCAUUGUUUUGGAUUCAACUGGGACAAAGGGGUGAGAUUGACGAAGUUCAUGAUAUCAGGAGUCAAAUUUUGUGGGCAUGGCAAUAUUCGUCUUUCAGGAAAGCGAAGGUUGUUGAGAGCGAGUGUGGUGCACGAAGUGGCUUGCUUCACCGUGUAGACAACCAUGGCACGAGCUGGUUGGAGCUGCUUACCUAGGUAACUUGGAGCUCGGGGAUUUUCUUGGUACAUAUACAUUCUCUUCUUUGAAGCA